AUGGCCUGGAUGGGGGAGCGCGAUGGAGCUCAAGGGCCCGAGGGCAAUGUGAUUUCGGAGGAGGGCUGGAUGCCGGUGGCCUCGUUGGUCGACUCUCUCCGCCGUGAACCGGCCGCCCAAGAGCUCGAGAUCAACCUCGCCCUCCUUCAGAAGUUGGAGCGCACGAACUCGAAAGCGAGGUUCGUGCUCAGACAGAUGAGCUCAGAAGGGGAGUCGGAUGGAGAAUGGUAUGCAGCGGCGUGGGCUGGACACACGCUGCCAGGUGUGGUCGGCCCUGGAGCCGUCUCCACCCCGCCUCCGAUCCUCCUCCACGGCACUUACAGGUCUAAGAUUCCCCCGAUUCAACUGAACGGGCUCCUUCCGCUACGCCGGGCUUUGCAUCUGCAAGACCCGUCCUGCAAGUCUGGCAGGUGGCGGGCAGACCUUGAAGUUGCCGUGACUGUCGACACGGUUCGAGCAGUUCAAGAAGGCUGCGUCUUCAGACUCACAGGAAACGGAAUCUGGUUGACCAGUCAACCGAUUCCGACCAGCGCUAUCCUCUCUUAUGCGCCCUGGUCGGCCAAAGUCGAAGCCCACGCGAAGGGGCUUUGGCAGGGAAAGCUCCGUGAGGCGUCCCAAGGGGAGGGCGAGGGGCGUUUCGCCCCCGGCCGUCCCGAGGAGAGCGAAGCUGGUACCGGACCGAGCCCACGCCUCGACCUCCAAGCCUACCAGGGCAGCCGCCCGGCGCCAAAGGAGGCCGAUGUUGACUUUGGCCGGUCGACUUCGGAGUCCGGCUCCGACGGUGCUCCAGCAGAGGCAACUUCGGAACUGGAAGACGCCUCCUCCACGGUGGCCCCGACUUACAACGGUGAGUGGGCCACACCAGACGGCCUGAAGUGUCUCUUGUGUGACGCAUACCUAGACGGGGGCCACCUCAUGACCCCUAUCCACAACUCGCGCAUGCGGUGGCACCUGAAGCAAAGGGCCAAGCGCAACGAGACGGCGCUAGCGACGCGGCUGGGAGACCUUACGUUGGAAACCCGCCAAAAAGCAGCGGCACCAGAGCGCCCCGGCUCUUCCAAAGGAAAGAAGCUCCGCAGGCGCUAG